AUGGACUUGAAAAUGGAUAAUGUUAUUGGUGGCCGGUUUAAGCUUGGUCGGAAGAUCGGCGGUGGCUCUUUCGGAGAGCUUUUUCUAGGCGUAAGUGUGCAAACGGGAGAAGAAGUCGCCGUUAAGCUGGAGCCUGCGAAAACGAAGCAUCCCCAACUUCAUUAUGAAUCGAAGAUAUACAUGCUUCUACAAGGAGGAACUGGCAUCCCCAGCCUCAAGUGGUUUGGGGUUCAAGGAGACUACAAUGCGAUGGUUAUUGAUCUGCUCGGUCCAAGUUUGGAAGAUUUGUUCAACUAUUGUAAUAGAAAGCUCACUUUGAAGGCAGUUUUGAUGCUUGCAGAUCAACUGAUUAGCAGAGUUGAAUAUAUGCAUUCAAGGGGAUUUCUUCACCGCGACAUAAAACCAGACAACUUCUUGAUGGGACUUGGUCGCAAAGCAAACCAGGUGUAUAUCAUUGAUUUUGGCCUUGCAAAGAAGUAUAGGGAUCUCCAAACACAUAGGCACAUCCCUUACAGAGAAAACAAGAACCUUACGGGCACAGCUCGGUAUGCUAGUGUCAACACUCACCUUGGAGUUGAACAAAGUCGGAGGGAUGAUCUGGAGUCUCUUGGUUACGUGCUCAUGUAUUUCCUCAGAGGAAGCCUCCCGUGGCAGGGACUAAAAGCUGGCACAAAGAAGCAGAAGUAUGACAGAAUUAGCGAGAAGAAAGUUUCAACUCCUAUAGAGGUCUUGUGCAAGUCAUGUCCACCCGAAUUCGUAUCAUACUUUCAAUACUGCAGGUCUCUGCGGUUCGAAGACAAACCAGACUAUUCCUACUUAAAGAGGCUAUUCCGAGACUUAUUCAUCCGUGAAGGUUAUCAGUUUGACUAUGUAUUUGACUGGACCGCAUUGAAACACCCUCAGAGUAGUUCCACCUCCCGUUCCAGCUCCCACGGAAGGCAUCGUAUUGGUAACCCGGGGAUGGCUGCUGGACCGUCUGCUGAAAAACCUGAAAGGAUAUCAGUUGGGAGGGAGAUCCGCGACAGAUUCUCAGGUGCGGUGGAAGCAUUCGCGAGAAGGAACGCUACCGGAGCCAGCCCCAAUCAAAACCAUACCAGACAACGAACUCUUGACGAUGUCCCUUCACCAAUGAAACCUGUGGUGAAUAUGGUAUCUGAGAAAGGAAGGAGCACUUCCAGAUACGGCAGUGCUUCAAGGAGAGCAGUAGCCUCGGGAAGUAGACCGAGCUCAUCAGGUGAACAAGGGGAUAGCCGAGGCUCGAGCCGUGUGACGUCAAACGGUGGCGGAGGAGGAAACCGACCAUCCGUCUUUCAGAGAACACAAGCGGCAGCUGCAAUGAGCGGGUACGACUCGAAGACGGCCUCUGCCUUUAACCGCAACCGAGUGGCCGCUUCUAGGACGGCACGUGACGAGGCUUUCAGAAGCUUCGAGCUUCUUUCCAUCCGCAAAUGA